CUCAUUGUUACUAUUCUUAUUUUUCACUCUUUGUUAUCAUUUUACAAAAACACACACACAAGGUUGCCAAAAUGAGCAGUGUAUGUGCUGAUCAGCAACACAAGUUUCAUUCUUCUCACCAACUCCUUUCCCCAAAAAAAUCCCUAAGAGAAAUUGACAUCCCACCAAGGAAACUCCUUACUCGCCGGGCCGCCGCUGCCACACAUGAUGGCGCUGCUGUCGACAUGUACUCUGAUGAGACCAUCCUGCAGAAAUUCCUCCCUUACAACAAUCUCGCCGACUCGGACUCCGAUGACCCGUACUCAUCCGACCACUUUCGGAUGUAUGAGUUUAAGGUCCGCCGGUGUACUCGCAGCCGAAGCCACGACUGGACAGACUGUCCUUUCGCACAUCCGGGAGAAAAAGCCCGUCGCCGCGACCCGCGACGAUAUCAUUACUCGGGUACCGUGUGUCCCGAGUACCGCCGCGGAGGAUGCAGCCGCGGCGACGGCUGCGAAUACUCUCACGGUGUAUUCGAGUGCUGGCUGCACCCUACCAGGUACAGAACAGAAGCAUGCAAAGACGGAAAAAACUGCAAGCGAAAGGUGUGCUUCUUCGCGCACACCCCUCGCCAGCUCAGAAUUUUGUCAUUAAAUUCCAACACUGAUUGUUCAAACAACAACAUCACAUGCAAGAAGAGCAACAAGUUCUUGAACCCUGCUUCGGGAUCAAACAAUAGCUGUUGUGUGUUCUGUUGUCAUUGUGCUUCUGCUUCGCCAACUUCCACGCUUUACAACAUGUCCCACAACUUUUCUCCGCCGCUGUCGCCGUCGUCAUCUGCCUCGCCGCCUCUUUCUCCGGCAUCGAAACGGGUUUCCACCAUUUCUCGCUACGGUGCAUCAUGUUGUAGUGUGAAUCAUCAUCAUCAUCAUGGGGUGGUGAGCUACAAAGACGUUCUCACUGAGCUUAUGAGUUCUUUGGAGGGUUUGAAAUUCGGUGAGGGUUCCCCUGUUUCUGCUUCCAAAGCACCAAACCUGAACCUGCCUUGGCUUGAUGUUUCUCUCAAUUGUGAGGAUCAGAAACAGUUCAUUGUUUCGCCUUCGGUUUCUUCUUUCUUCUGUGAAGAUCAGCAGCAACAGUUUAUUCUUUCACCUUCAACUCAGACACCGACAAGCUCCAAUGUUAAGUAUUCGAACAGCAAAAUUUUCAGCAAUAAUAAUAAUAAUGAUAAUAAGGUUGUUGCUGCUGACAUAAAUGGCCCUGAUCUCGGGUGGGUUAAUGAGUUGCUGAUGUAGAGGGUGAAGAUGAUGACAAAAAUGAAUGAUGAAUGAGUCACAAAUCAA